AUGUUCAGAGUUCUGCUGGUCUUCAGUCUCGUGUCGGUCUUCAGUCUAGUGUUGGCCACUAACAUGAAUCUUCAUGAAACAAACCAUUUCCUCUUCGCUGCUCCUGGAGGCAACAUCACUCUGCCCUGUUUCAACAAAGAUUUCAAAGACUUUGGAGGAACGUAUUAUUGGUACAAGCAAAGUUUAGGCAAAAAGACAGUUUGUGUUUCGUCUUUGACUAAAUAUCAGCCCAACCCAUCUUUGUUAGGAGAGUUCAACACCAGCCGACGAUUCUCACUGGACGAGGACUCUCUUCACUACGCUGCUCUGAGUGUUCAGUCUUCCUCCAGACAACAGAGAGUCACGGCUCAGACAGACUGUGUUUACUCCAGACUCGGCCAAUCAGAGUCGAGCUUGUUUCUUGACAAAGUCAGGAUGCAGUUCAGUGAAGAAGAGUGUUUGAAGAGAAUGGCUCCUGUGCAGAUGGUCUGUUGCCUCCUUCUCGUACAACUGGUCACGGUGAAGAGCAAAGAUUUUCAGCCGUCGACAGAUGGAGGUGCAGCAGUAAAGACGACGGUCUUACCAGUGGCACUUGGAGAGAAUGUGAUUUUGCCGUCUUUCUCUGAAAACGAUCUUCAAGGGAGACUUUACUGGUACAAACAGAGUCUGGACAACAUUACGGCUGUGGUUUCUUCUUACUUUGGAACUGAAUUUUACGGUGACUUCGCCAACAACGAUCGCUUCAAACUGGACAAUGAAAACAAUCUUGAAAUAUCAAAGCUCUUGGCGUCUGUUCACGUCAUCGUAAAGACUUUGAACCCUGGACUCGGCGUCCAUCAAAUAGCAUCAGAACCAGUGGAAGCAGGAAACUCUCUGGUCCUUCGCUGUGAGGUUGAUUCUGGAACGUAUCUGGGGCCACACAGGGUCCAUUGGUUCAGACAGUCUGAAGAGUCUGCAGCAGUUCUCUACAGCGAGGAUCAGUGCAAGAGCGACAAAACAAACCCGACAAACUCCUGCUUCUACAACCUCCACAUUCAGAACAUGAGCUCAAAGCAAACUGGGACGUACUACUGCGCUGUGGCCGCCUGUGGACAGGUCCUGUUCGGGAACGGGACCAGGCUCAGUGUCAGAGAGCACAGCUCCCACCAUGUAGGACGAGGUAGUCUCUGGAGCAUCUCUAAUCAGGGCAGGAGAAAGAAUGGGGACCGGCUGGGAAUCACGUUCUUCACUGACUGA